UCUCAGGUCUUUGGUAUGGGGAUGCGGUUGCAGCCUCGGUGUCUGCAGCUGGACUCUGUACUGCAGACAGUGAGUGUCCUGGAGGCAGUGAUCCGGAGGAGCUUUGGUCCUGAUGGAGGACAGGUGCUGUUCACACGGGACACGGGGCAAACUCUGCUGACACGCCACGGAACACGCAUCCUCACAGCCCUGCGGGUGGAACACCCGCUGGCCAGGAUGGUGGUGGAGUGUGUGAGGAGACACAGCUCGGUGACAGGAGAUGGCUCCAAGACCUUCGUCCUGCUGCUCGCCUCAUUGCUACGGGAGAUACAGAAACACACCCGAAAAGCCCGCCAGGAAGGCGCAGGCGCCAAGCGUUUGGCUGAAGCUCUGUUGGCCUUCGGAUUGGACGAGCUCAGUGAUGUCAUCACUGUUGCAGUGGCUCCACAUGGCUCCUCCCUUUCAGACCCACACACCCCAGGACAAACAGACACACACACUCUGUGCCGCUUACUCAGUGCUUUCCUUCACACCCGGAUCAGCCCUACUCAUGCUGAAAUUAUCAGCCAACUGACCUGUGAGCUGCUCUCACAUUGGAGCUGCCAUGGCGACUUCAUUAACGAACACUUCCCUGCUCUGCACACAGCAGUAUCAGGCUUCCCUAUUGGCUGUUCUCGUCUGCUGGAGGGCCAGGUCAUACAUGCAGAUUUCUCUACACCCCUCCCACUCCGCGACCAUGGACCAAUCAGGGCCCUAGCGGUGACGGAACCCCUAGAACCCAGCCUGCUGAUUGGUGGAACUGUGCUAGAGCUGGGUGGGGCUAAUAGAGAGAUAGAAAGUGUGUGUGUGAGAUUAGGGAGGAGGUUAGACAGUGUGUGUGUCAUUCUACAGCAUCUAGGAGUGUCUCUGCUCCUCUCAUCAGUCAGACAGUCGGAGGCCUUCCUGGCUGCAGUGGGGAGGUAUGGGGUGUGUGUGUUAGAGUGUGUGUGUGAAGACGACCUCACCUUGUUCUCUGUGCUCAGUGGAGCCCAACCUGUCUCAGACUGGGCUGUGAUUGGACAGGAACACGUUGCUACGAUUACCUUCUGCCGGCCGCUGGUGCUGGGAGCUCACAGGUUCGUCAAUGUGGGGUUUCCUAAGGCAGAGGACAGGGGCAGACCCCACAGUCUGGUUGUGUGUGGACUGACCGAGGGCCAGACGGAACAGAGUGUGUGUGCAGUACGAGAUGCUCUACACAUGCUGCAUACUACCUGGGGCCCCAAACACAGGACUAGAGCUACAGAGAGAACGGCACGCACAGACGUGAUGGAGCCUUGUUGUGUCAUUUCCGUGGGCGGGACUUUUGAGUUCCUGUUACACCACACCCUCCUACAGCGCAAACACGGGCACACACACUCUGUCACACACAGGCACACAUACACUCCGUCACACACAGACACGCACACUCUGUCACACACAGACACGCACACUCUGUCACACACAGACACGCACACUCUGUCACACACAGACACGCACACUCUGUCACACACAGACACGCACACUCUGUCACACACAGACACGCACACUCUGUCACACACAGACACGCACACUCUGUCACACACAGACACGCACACUCUGUCACACACAGACACGCACACUCUGUCACACACAGACACGCACACUCUGUCACACACAGACACGCACACUCUGUCACACACAGACACGCACACUCUGUCACACACAGACACGCACACUCUGUCACACACAGACACGCACACUCUGUCACACACAGACAUGCACACUCUGUCACACACAGACAUGCACACUCCGUCACACACAGACACGCACACUCAGUCAAACGCAGACACACACACUCUGUCACACUUGGACAACCCUGCCGUCUCGGGGAUGCUAGCAGAGGCCCUACUGAGUGUGCCCAGACAGAUCUACUCCCACAAUCCUCGGCACUACCUGGAGGCUCACGCACACACUCUCAGUUGCAUGCGUAACCAUGGUAACUCGACGGACCCGCCGGAAAUUAGUGCUGUUCUGGCAGCGGAUGGUUCUAAUAUGGUCCAGGCUGACACUGGGUCAGGGUCUAUGUCUGGGUCAGGGGUAAAGGAGGUUACAGUUUGGUCAAGCUCUGGCUCUAGUUCAGGUGUGGAGUCAGUGUCCUGUAAGUAUCAACUGAUCCUGGCUGUUCUACAGUGUCUCAGGAGUCUACUGUCUGUGGACACUGUACUACACGCUAAUACCUCACACACACUCUCACACGCCUGUCAGAGAGAAGAGGAGGAGGGUGACUGAGUACUCAUACUUGAAUUCCUUUGUGUUUUUGUUUUAUUGUUCAUCCAAAUGUUUCAUAUUCACUUCUUGAAAAAGCCAUCUAUUUGUUUGGUAUGUCUUUGCAGAUGAAUUUGUAUGGUAGUAAAUCUGAUUUUUAUU